AUGUUCCUGCCUUUUUUCUAUUUUGCUCUCAUUGUCAGAGUCUAUAAAUACGCAGUCUCGCAAAUUAUUCUCAUGCUACUCUACUAUACAGUCGCACACGACACUCUCACCGCCGUAUUGGUGCUCGAUAAAAAAGGCGUGCUAUACUAUGCAGGGGUAGGGCACAAUUCAGACCAGCUUGUGGCGGAUGCGGUCGCGGCAUACAAAAACAAGCCCCAAACACUUUUGAAAAUGGCUGAAAUUACGCCAAAAAUGCAAUACACCAUCAACACAUAUAUGGCCAUGGUGAGGGAUCCGAGGUUGAUAGACGACUUGAACAAGAAAAUCCCCAUGUAUUUGGGCGGCACAGUUCUCCAAAAACGAGUGUGGACUUAUUUGGUCAAUCGCACCACUUGCCAGUCAACCACCACCUAUGGCGAAAUAGCGGCAAAUCUCAAUAUUCCUCGUUCCAGCCGUGCUGUGGGCGCCUGUUGCGGGUCGAAUAAAAUAGCAUUGGCAAUUCCGUGUCAUAGAGUGGUUUCGAAACUGGGUAAACUCACCGGCUACAGAUGGGGAGUGGAGAUUAAACGCACAUUAUUAGCAUUGGAAAAACUAGUUGCUACUCACUAA